UUGUUAUUUAAAAAUAUCACAUCUGGUAAUGAAAACAACUUCAUUUUCCAUUGAUUUGAAAAUGAAAUUUUGUUCAAGACAGAUUUGAUCCUGGAACCUAAUUUCGGAACGAGUUUUCUAAAGGCCCCUAAAUUCAGUAAAGCAACCACAUCCUUUGCUUUCCCGCCAUGGAUCAGCCGACGACCAAGGCAUCGACAAUCGAUCCUGAGACGGAGGCGCGGACCUCCAGAAAGGCUGCCACGACGACAACCAGGACGAUUCCUGGGACGCUGCCGCUGGAGACGGACUCCGGAUUCAGUUCGGCGGAUAGUAGCGACUCCGUGCACCAUGCACCGGCCACGCCCUGCCUGCUCCGCCUCCGAUUGGCACAUCAGGAGCCGGCGGAGCGGCGCGUCGGCUUCCAUGCCGGCGUUAUCGAUAACGAGCACAUGAAUCGGCGCAAAUCGAAGUGCUGCUGCAUCUAUCGCAAGCCGCAUCCUUUCGGCGAGAGUUCGUCCUCCACGGACGACGAGUGCGAGCACUGUUUCGGGCAUCCCGAGGUGAAGGCCCGCAAUCGCCUGGAAAAGCAGCGGAAGAAAAGACAGCAGACCUGCUCCUGCUGCUGCUGCUGCGCCAAUCAUCGCCAUCACCAGGACAAUCGGAAUAAUCGACUGCCUAUCGAGGAGAUCGCUGGGGACAAUCGGAACAAUCGACUGCCUAUCGAGGAGAUCGCUGGGGAAAGGGACGAUAACCAGGCGAAGGAGGAGCAAAAAUCGGUGAUCAACGAACCAAAUGGGGAGGAGUUCAAAAAGGAGUAGAAAGCCGUAUCAAUUGGCAGCCCUUCAUUCUCCAAUUUUCCAUAGUGUCCUUUCGCCGAUUUAUGAAUGUGAAGCCAACAAAAAAAUACAAAAUUAUGUUUUAUCAUUA